AUGGUCGUCACAAUGUGCCGUGAGUUUCCCACGGACACGCGAGUGAUCAACCGCCAGAACCAGGUCUACUUUGCGAAAUGGCACUACAUGAAGUACUGCACGCAGGUGAUCCAAUACUCGAUGAGGAGAGGCCUGCGAUUGCGAGCAGACAUUGAGGAGCAGGGCGCUAUCGCCCAGAAGCAAGUCCUGGAGAACGUGCCGAUCUCCCCAUGGGGCUCUGGCCGGCUCACCCAGCAAGAGUUCGAGACGAACGUCCAGAAAGAGAACGGACGGCGGCCUUUGUCGAAGGUCCCCGAUCGCACGCGUUUGGAGCGAGGGGCGCUGGAGAGUCUCCUCCCGCCGCGCGCUGCCAAGCGGUGA